ACGAGGUCUCGUGACUCGCGCGGUUGCUUCAACAACGGAUGUGGCCAUAGACUUCGACGGGGCAAAGCCCGGGACAAAGUGCCAUGGCAGCCCUGAUUUUCAGACUAUUUCUCCUGCUCUGCAUUGCUGUGGUCCUCGCCCGCUGCAAGCCAACUGGAAACGCGUCCGUCGCUUUAAGGCAUCGCCAAGCUUCGGCAGUGAAGCUACGCUAUCCUUCGCUUCGACAGAUGCGUGCAGCCGUAUUGGGUCAACGCAAGGGCAGUGAGGACGAUGAUGACGAUGAAGAUGACGACGACGACGAUGAGUACUACGAGGAUGAGGACGACUACGAACCCGUAAAGACGUCAAGGCGACAGCGUCCGAUUACGCAGCCGCCGCCGAUGACAAGACUGCCGGACUACGAGGACGAGACGGAUAUCCCGUCGACGACAACACGUCGUCCAAGGGUCAGAGAUUACCGCGACAGGGGAAAUACCAGGAAGAUUGACUGCAUCGCGGAUCGCGUCAACUAUUGCGUGGAGUGGUGCCGGUAUUCGACGGCAGAAACACGGCAUCGAAGGAACCGGGACGGAGAAGACUGCAGAUACUGGAGAGCCAACGAUCGCAACAAAUGGAUGCAAAGUGGCAAAUGUCGAAAUGGAAGAUGCACCUAGUGGCCCUUCUAUGUUCCGUGGAGAGACUGACUGUCAUAACGCCCCUGCUGUUUCGCCUGGACUCAUGCUGUUUCUCGCAAAUACAUGUCACGUACUUAACGCCA